AUGCGCAUCGCAAUUGCGUCUUCCCUUCUGGCAUAUGCUGCUACCGUUGCAGGGCUAUCUGUGACAUCUCCUGUCAAAGGCGAAAAGGUCGACUUGAGCAAGCCUGUGACAAUCAGAUGGCAGUCUGUCAGCACCGACCCGAAAACGUUCUCGAUAUAUCUGGUCAACCAGAACGUCUACCCCAAUGUAGAGACAUUGAUUGCCUCAGAUGUGGAUACCUCGACGGGCCACUACACGAUGAAGGCUCAGGAUGGCAUUGAUAAGGAGGGAUAUCAAAUCAAUUUUAUCUCUAAUGAGAACAACGGCAUCCUAGCCCAGUCACAGCAGUUCACUGUGAGCAAGUCCAAGUCCUCGGGGCCGGUGUCUUCAAGCUCUGUCUGCUUCUGCCUCUUCGACUUCCAUGUCUUCUCAAUCUGCCUCCUCAUCAGCCUCGAAUACUGUUACUCAUCCCUCGACUGCUACUUCUUCGACGCUUGCUUCUACUUCCUCAUCGACUCAAUCUCCCACUUCUUCCUCGACUUCUGCUCACAGUUCCACCAGUGCGUCUACCCAUACCACCUCUCCUUCCUCUAG